AUUCUUAUAAAUACAUACACUUAUAACCCUCGAAGAAAGCAUCCCAAUUACAAAAUCACAAAUUGCUCAAAAUCAAAAGCACGUACGAAGAAGAGAAAAGAUGUCGCUGUCUUUUUCACAAACGAAGUUACUGGUAAUCCUUGUGGCCUUUGCAUGCGUCUUCUCAUCAGGCUCAGAGGCAUGGAGCUGGAGUUGGAGCUCCGGUUCAGGCUCAGGCUCAGGCUCGGGUUGGGAAUCCCACGGCUCAGGCGGAUCAGCCUCAGGUUCGGGUACAAACCCUGAUGGUUCGCACUGGAGUUGGAAGUGGGACACACGGUCAGGCUGGAGAUGGAGGUCAGACUCAAACCAUACGAAGCCAGGCUCAUCGAACCAUAAUGUUACGAAGCCUGAAGGCUCAUCAAAUCAUAACGUUACGAAGCCAGGCUCAUCGAACCAUAAUGUUACGAAGCCUGAAGGCUCAUCAAAUCAUAACGUUACGAAGCCAGGCUCAUCGAACCAUAACGUUACGAAGCCUGAAGGCUCAUCAAAUCAUAACGUUACUAAGCCAGGCUCAUCGAACCAUAACGUUACGAAGCCAGGCUCAUCAAAACAUAACGAUUCGAGGUCAGGCUCAGACGAUAACGAUUCAAGGAAUCCGGUCUUUGCAACACCAAGCGAGGUCGUAGUGGGAGGAUCACGUGGAUGGAACUACGGGGUGGAUCUUGAAGAAUGGGCUUCCAAGACUACUUUCCAUGUCGGCGAUGUUCUUGUUUUCGAGUACAACAAUAUGACAAACCGAAGACAUGACGUGUACUUGCAAACAAAUCUGUGGAGUUACAGGACCUGCAACUUCGAAAGUAGAAAUAAGAUUGCUUCAUCGGAGGAGAAUGGAUCUAAAGAGAGUUUCAAAUUUACUCUUGCAAUGUCACAGCCUUACUCUUUUGCAUGCGGAGAGGAUAACGGCUAUUAUUGCCGUACCUAUAACAUGAAGUUCAGCGUUCUCCCAGGCGCCUGAGUCCUCUCGUCUAUCCGACUCAACCCUUUUGCCUCUUUUGCUUUGUUUUUUUCUUAAUGCAAUAUUAUUAUUAGAGUUGCUAUUUUUUAGCCCUAGUUUUAUUAGUUAAGGUUUUCUUAUUACAUAAAGAUUUUUAGUCCUGUCGUCUAUCCGACUCAACCCUCAGCAUCCUAGAUUGCCAUGACUGAGUCAAGCUCACUCUGCGUCUUAAGCUCUCCCUUCGAUAAACUGGCCCCUUACACUUGGCCGCAACAGAAACAGCAGCCUGUAGCGUCUCCUGAACGGAGAAUAGCUUCGCUGAGAAAAAAAACAAAGAUUGAAGGCUUCAGACAAAAAAACAUUUGACACAAAUUUCCGCUCUCAAGAUCAUGGAGUUAACCAACUAAACAUAAAAAGAGUGACAGAAGCUCAGACCAGAAACACCUAGCUUAAUUAUAACCUUAUGGUGACAUAAACUGGAUGCAGGACCUGAGUCAUGGUGAUGACAGUAUGAAGAAGGAUGACAACCUUCAGCAAUAUCAGAAAGAACGUUCUUAAGGAAUCAUAAUACAUUUUUUUACCUCUGACUACUAAUCUAGCAAUGGAUAGAUAGUAGUCUACUUACAGAUUUAGAUUUGCAUUAUUGAAUUACCAUUUUCUCGAUUGUAAAAGCAGAGCCAAAGAAAAAGUUCAGCUGACAACAUAAAAACUGAAAUUUUUUAAAGGCGCUAAAAUUCAUCAUUGUAUCUCAUAUAUAUAUAUAUAUAUAUAAGAAUGUGUAACAUUUGGAGAUUCAUUGAGAAGAAUUUUAUCAAUACAUGAAAAGCAGCCAAUCUUGCAGUGAUGUUGAACUAAAUCAGAAAUCAGUUCUGAACAACCAACUGUAUCACAAGAAUGGCAGCAAACAACAAACAUAAGCUCUCAUGAUCAUAAGCUCCAAGCAAUAUAAGAAAAAAGUAAAUAACCUUCAUCAGACAGGCGUGAUGAUUCUAUUGUUUACGGGAUGAAGUGUGCUUGGAGUGGGUCGAAGAGUUAAGAAACGACACAAUCAAAGCUUCACACGGAGAUUCUUCACGGUUCUUCUCACUCAAUAGCCUGAAACUCUGUUGUUGGUGUAGAUCGUCAGAGAACCUAAAACAACACGAAGCUUAAAUUUUUGUGUCGCCUUCUAUGGAGAAGAUAGUAGGCUCUCUCUAUCAGGACUGGGAUGUCGACUCUGAGAAAAGGAGGAUGAACCCUAAACUCGUUGUGAUGCCGAGGAAGACGAUACGCGCUUGGUCCUUUUGGGGUCAAAAUCUGUUUAAUCAUAAACCCCAAACACUAAGCCCAAAAUAUUAACGACAACCUUUAAUGAAGAGCUGCGUUUUGACUUUUGAGAGAAGCAGGACAUGUAUCGUAAGCACAUGACUCUGACUUUCUAACAUGGCGCUGACAUGGAAGCCUCACAGAAGAG